UCAGACCUCCGAGCUGUCUGGUUGAGGUAAAUUACCAGCAUUUAUUCUGUGCACAAGAGGCAAAAUUUCCCAAACAGUCAUCUGUCCUCAGUGUGUCUUUUAGAGCACGCUGUUUUCCCGCAGAUUGUCUUAUCAGGGCUUGGCAUAGCUGCACCCUGGAACAGCUGAUGGGAGGAGUCAACUCAACUGAAGUGAACCUUUGCUGAGCUCCAAAAAAGCUUUUGCAACAGACACUUAUUUAGCACCRACAACUUAAAAGAAAGAUAUUCCCUUUUUUUUAACGAGAUGCGCACAAAGGCUGACCUUUUGAAGCAAACUCCUCUUCUGAAUGUGUUCAACAGCCAACUUUGUUCUCCCUCUGAGGAGAACCUGUGAGGUAGUGGCGACUCCUGGCAGGCUGUGUGGAGUGUCCGUCCAGGCUAACUUUCCUGGAGUCAGGCCUCAUGGAGCUCCACAGGAAGCAGAGAUGGAUGCAGCGUGGCAGGAGCUGAUGGCCAUCACUGAGCUGCAGGAGUUUGGAGUCCAGAGCGAUGGCUCCUACGAAUCAACCCAGUUCCAAAACAUGCAGCUGAUGGCCCCUGCUGGAGAGUAUGAGAUGGUUCAGUCUCACCCUGAACCYCUUCCUGCUGCUUGUGAGCUGAGCGCUGCAAACACUUAUGAAGGAUGUUACUCUGAAGAGAUGCCCGCCUGUCAUCGAMUGGGCAGCAACACAGAAGUGACAUAUGGAAACUCAGAGUCCCAGGUGGAACAAAGAAUGUUCCCCAUCUCCUCUCACACUCAGUCAUCCCUCAUAAACAUGUCRGGUACCAGUCUGGGGCACAGGAGACCGAACGCCUGCCUCUCUCAGGGUUUAGGCCAGCACAUGCCAUGGACUACAGUCGGACAAAGUGCACCCAUUCGCUCAGCCGAUGACAUGGAGUCAGACUCUGGUCUCUCACUGGGAUCCAGUCCACCAUUGGCUUCCCCUGACAACCCUAUAGGAGGUGCACCAGGUUACCACAACAUGGACAUGGGCACAACAUACAGGGAUUGUGAACCAGACAAAAUGGCAGAGCACAACAGAAGGCCUCACAUCAAUUACCCAAUGGACUCUCACACCAAUUACCCAAUGGACUAYCAGAGCAAAGCUCACUUAUAUUUACACUCAGGUGGACAUUCAUCUCAUUAUUCACCUCAGUCUAGUUUAUCGCUCGCACAACCGUGUGGCACGACCCCCAGGUCAGCGAAACAGCCAGGUCUUGCAGUUCCUCCCUUGUACAAUGAAAUGGCCAGCAGAGGGAGCUCCCAGCGCAACAUGUUCUCCAAACCACAAUUAGGCCUUUCAACUCGGGCUCCACUGAGCAGGGAUGAGCGGAGGGCCCUAUCGUUGAAGAUCCCCUUCCCUAUGGAAAAGAUCAUCAAUCUGCCCGUGGAUGACUUCAACGAGCUGCUGACGCAGUACACUUUAACAGAUAAUCAACUUGCACUGGUUAGGGAUAUUAGACGGAGAGGGAAAAACAAAGUGGCAGCCCAAAACUGCAGGAAGAGAAAGCUGGAGAGUAUAAUUCACCUUGAACGUGAACUAAACCACCUACAGGUCCAAAGAGACCACCUGGUUCAGGAACGGCAUGAGUUCCAGCGCAGCUUGGCUUUUAUCAAAUGCCGCCUUUCAGAACUUUACAAGGAAGUAUUUUCUCACCUAAGAGACGAAGAUGGACAGCCUUACUCCACGGACGAGUAUUCGCUACAGCAAACACCGGACGGAAGAGUUUAYCUGGUACCUCAUUCUAUGGAAAAGAGUGAUCAAUUCUGAAAGUACUCCAGAAACUGUACUGCUCAUUUGUGCAAUCCAUGUAUGGUUCAUUCAGGCCCCCCCUCCAUUUUAAAAUAAAAAAAUAUAUAAUUUGG